UUUUGUCUUCUUCUUUCAAGGACUCUAAAACUCGCUGAAACUGCUUGGUUCUCCGCCGUUUUGAGCCUCCCACCUGGCGCACCGCCACCGCCGCCGCUGACCUUCCUCGCCGGAUAUCGGAUUCACGUUUUCAGCUUUGCUUGAGCGAAUAGAAAGCUGAAACAUCCAUCGUAUUUUUGAUGGGUGAGAAACAGCAAGAAAAUAAAGGGCGCAAAACUGAGAAGAACAAGGAGAAAAAAAUUGAGCUUGAAAAGGAUGAGAUGGAAUUUCACAAGUCUAAGAAGAAGGAUAAGGUAGUUAGUAAAGAUGCGAUUUCUGAUGAUGUUGUGGGAGCUCUUAAAAUAGCUGGUGUAGAAGGCAAAGAAAAUACGAAUGCGCGAUCGAAUGGCAGGAAGGAUUCAGUUGAUGAUUCGGAAGAAAGAAAAGAGAAGAAAAAUAAGCGUAAGGUGAAGAAGAAAAAAGAGGGAGUUGAUGGAACAUCCUCUGAGGUUGAAAAUUCCGAGGCUGAGAAGAGGGAUGAAUUAGUUAAAGGGUACGAGAAUCGCGGAGGCGUUCCUGUGGAGAAUGGUGAGGAAGAACGGGCAAAAAAGAACAAGAAAAAGAAGAAGGAGAAGGAGGGAAGUCAUAAUGAGGUAAAGAACAGUAUGACUAAUGAAGAAACGGUCGCAAAAGAAAGAAUGCAUUUGGAUGGAAAAAUCAAAGAACAUGGAAAGUUGGCGGUAAAGGAGAAGAAUUUGGAUAAAAUCCGUGGUAACGCGCAGAAGGGCGCUGAAAAUGGAGAUGUUGCUGAGGUGAGCAAUGAUAAAGAUGGAGGCAAAAGUAAGAAGAAGAAGAAGAAGAAGAUAAGGGAGAGGGAAGCUGCGUUUGAUGAAGUUGAGGAUGAGAUGGAAGUUGAUGAAGAAGGGGACAAAAGUAAGAUGAAGAAGAAAAGGAAGAUGGAAAAUGACGACGAGAUGAAAACUAAUGAAGAAGGGGAUAGAAUUAAGAAGAAGGAACGGAAGAGGGAUAGUGUUUCUGGUGAAGUGGAAAACGAGAUGAAAACUAAUGAAGAAAGGGAGGAAAGUAAGAAGAAGAAAGAAAGGAAGAAGGAAAAUUCUUCUGCUGAAGUGGAAGACGAGAUGCAAACUAAUGAAGAAGGGGAGAAAAGUAAGAAGAAGAAGGAAAGAAAGAGGGAAAAUGCAUCUAAUGAAGUGGAAAACUACAUGAACACUAAUGAAGAGGGGGAGAAAAGUAAGAAGAAGAAGAGGAGUAAGAAAGAAAUUGUGUCUGACGAUGUGGAAGACCAAAUGAAAACUGAUGAAGAAGUGGACAAAAGUAAGAAGACACGAAAGAGAGAAUAUGUGUCUGCCGAUGUUGAAGACAAGCCAGAAAUUGAUGAAAGGGAUAAAAGUAAGAAGAAUAAGGAAAGAAAGAGGGAAAUUGUGUCCGGUGAUGUGGAAGACAAGUCAGAUGAACUUGGUAAAGGAGAUGGUGGCAGCAAACACAAGAAAAAGAAAGGCAAGGCGAAAAAGAAAGUUUCAAGUGGAGAAGCUCACAAGGGAAAAGCAAUAAUUGAAAAAGAUAUCGAGGUUGCUGAUACUUUUGAAAACCCAUCACCUCAAGGAAAAUCUAAAAGAGUAAGCUUUUCUGAUCAUGUGGAGGUAUUUUUAGAUGAUAGUCCGAGUGGGGGAGAGAGCAUAAGCGAUCAAGGAGAAGGCUUAGUACAAGGUAAGCGGUUUACCCCAAAAGAAGAUGACCUGGUUAAAAAGGCUGUUUUGGGGUACAUAGAGGACCAUAAUCUAGGUGAUGAUGGUUUACAUAUGAUUCUCAAUUGCAUAUCAUAUCCUGAAGUUAAAGGUUGUUGGAAGGAAAUAUCGGCAGCCUUACCUUGGAGGCCUGCUACCAGUGUGUAUUAUAGAGGCCACAUGUUGUUUGAAAGGGAUGAGAGGCGGAAAUGGACUGCUGAAGAGUACGAAUAUAUUCGAGACUUCGUCAAGGAACAUGGAACAAAUUGGAAAACGUUGUCGACAGAAUUAAAAAAACAUAGAUUCCAUUGCAAAGAUACAUGGCGUAGAAUCAAACAGAUUAAUUUGAGGAAAGGAUGUUGGGCGCAGGAGGAGUAUCAGACUCUGUUUGAUUUGGUGAACAUGGACCUACACAUGAGGGCUCUUGAAGAAAGAAAAUCCAAGCAUGGCAUGUUGCGAGACAAUAUUUGUUGGGGAUCAAUUAGUGACAGGUUAUCAACCAGAAGCGAUGCAACAUGCUGCACGAAAUGGUACAGCCAGUUAACAUCACCGAUGGUGCAACAAGGUCUAUGGUCUGACACCGACGACUACCGCCUGCUCAAUGCUCUUAGUAGCGUUGAUGCUCCAUGUUUGGAGGACGUGGACUGGGAUAAUUUGCUUGACCAUAGGGAUGGGGAUAUUUGUCGAAAGCGGUGGAAUCAAAUGGUGAAACACAUCGGUGAGUACGGACUCAAGACUUUCUCUGAGCAAGUUGAAGUUCUAGCAAACCGUUAUUCUCCUGAUUGCAUUAAAGCGCGGGAGGAAUUUGAUAGCAAACCUAUACUUCCUUGAGGUCACUGUUUGCAAUUCAGCGGUGCAGCUCACUGAAUGAAGCUGAAUGAUGCCGAAUUUUUGAAACUGUCUCGACCAACUUUUCCAGUCUAUGGUGGAUUAGCUGGGGUUCGUAUGGCGCCUAUUCUAUGCUACCCAAUUAUUCGUUUAAGCACCUGCUUUUCACUUCCAACGCCUCUGCCGCAGGACGGUUUGACCAAAGCAUAAUUUCGAUGCAGCAGUUAAGUGAUAGGCUAUUCUUGCUGUAGUUGGGAGAUGUUACUGGCCGGUUCCUUCUCACAGUGCUCAGGCAUUACAUAUUCUCCCGUGGUUGCUUUAAAUCUAUUGUUUCCGUUGUCUCAAGUUUUUGGUCCCUCUUUAAGAUCCUUUGGAGGUUCAGUUUUGAUAGAUUAUAUUCCUUCUCUAAUAAACGUUUUGGUUUUAUGUUCCUGUGUAAUGGUCUUUUAUGAUGUUUUAUUUAUGUAAUGAGAGGUGGUUCUUGCCCUGGCUGAGCUGGUGUGAACCCUCCUUUUAUACAGCCA